GGCAGCGGGUGCCGGGCCCUCAGGCGGAGCGGCGGGCAUUGGGUCACCAGGCAUCAGGUCAUUUGGCUCACCAGCGGGCACCGUGUCAUCUGGCAAGGCAGUGGGUACCGAGUCACCAGGCACGACAGUGGGCACUGGGUCAGGCAUUGGAUCGUCUGGCUCGACAGCGGGCAUCGGGUCACCAGGCAUCACAGCGGGCACUGGGUCAUCAGGUACCGGAUCGUCUGGAUCGACAGCGGGCACGGGGUCAUCAGGCAUUGGAUCGUCUGGCUCGACAGCGGGCAUUGGGUCACCAAGCAUGACAGCGGGCACUGGGUCAUCAGGCAUUGGAUCUUCUGGCUCGACAGCGGGCAUCGGAUCACCAGGUAUGACAGCGGGCACCGGGUCAUCAGGUACCGGAUCGUCUGGCUCGACAGCGGGUAUCGGGUCAACAGGCAUGACAGCGGGCACUGGGUCAUCAGGCGUGAUAGGAUCAUCAGGCUGGAUCAGUUCAUCAGGCUGGGUACAGACAUCAGGCUGGGUAGAGACAUCAGGCUGAAGUGCGGGUGCCGAGGCACCAGG